GCGACACUAGCUAGUUCUUUUUGUUUAGGGGUUAAAUUUUAAUUACGGAAACAUACUAGUAAAGUCUAAACAUUCUCACUUGUGCCCAACCCAUCGUCUUCUCUCGUGCAAUCGAAAAUGCAGCAGGCUGGAACUUCGGGCUCCGAAGUGGAGGUAACAUGGGAGGAUCAGCAGAAUAUUAACAAAUUUGGCAGAUUGAAUAAUCGUCUUCACGAACUCAAUGAUGAAAUCAAGGCCGCCAAGGAAAAAUGUGAAAACCUUGAGGAUGCAAGCAACGAGCUUAUUCUGACCGAUGAAGAGAUAGUGCGCUUCCAGAUAGGGGAAGUUUUUGCUCAUGUGCCAAAGGAGGAAGUGGAGAGCAGGAUAGAGAAACUGCAAGAGGAAACUAGCAAGAACUUGGAGAAACUAGAGGAAGAGAAAGAAUCAAUAGUUGCCCAGAUGGCUGAACUUAAGAAGAUAUUAUAUGGCAAAUUCAAGGAUUCAAUCAAUCUUGAGGAGGACUAAUAAAAUUUCAUAAUUUUUCGUUCGAAUUUGCUGUUGGUUGAAGAGUGCUCCUCUUGAUUGGAUUUUUUCAUGUCUUUUGUCUUAAAACAGUUUUGAGAUUCUUAAUUGCCUCAACUAUAUUUUAAAACAUGCAGGUUCUUAUGUAUUCUGUUUCUUUUCUUUUACCCUUUACUUAAGAGGGGAAUAUAGCAGUUGUGCUUAAUUGUGCUUUUGUAUAAACAAGAUAUAAUUGUGACA